AUGGCAGAGACAUUCUGGAAAGAAACAGGCGAAUUUGAUACAAGCAUCUUAACAUCAGAUAACAAAUUUAGAGUGAUAUUUUCUGGAGGAGAUAGAAGCAGGAGAGAGAAUAAGAAAUUUACAGACACUUUACUGGUUCUAGGGGAUUUCAAUGGAAGAGUAAGUAAUAGAAAGGAGGAUAAUAUUUGUGGCCAAUUUGGACUUGGUGAUGCAAGAACUGAUAAUGGAGAGCGAAUUGUUGAAUUUUGCAGAAGGAAUAAGUUAUUAGUAGCAAACACGUGGUUCCAACAGAAGGAAAAAACUAGACACACAUGGACAUCACCAGAUGGACAAACUAAGAAUCAAAUUGAUUACAUCCUAGUCAGUGCCAGAUUUAGAAACAGCAUAAGAAAUUGUAAAAGUAGACCUGGUGCGUACUGCGGUUCAGAUCAUAACCCAGUUAUAGUAAACCUCAAUAUCAGACUUAAGAAUAUCAAGAAGAAAAAGUCAGAUGUCAAAAGAUGGACCUGGAAGUGUGAAAGAACGUAUUACUGA